AUGGCCUCUCAAGCUACCCCGAGCCCACAAGCGCCAAAUCUAGACCGCUAUCUAGUCAUCCAUGUAGCUACGACGUGCGACGAGCAUGGCGUCUACGUCACCAAAGAUUCUGCAGAGGUGAUUGAGCUCGGGUGGAUUCUGCUCGAUGCAAAAUCCUGCGAAGAGCUUCACCGUGAGAGUGUUUUGGUGAAACCUAUCAACACGCCCAUCACGGCUCUGUGCACAAGCCUGACCACCCUCACUUGGGACCAAGUUCGCAACGCCGGCUCCUUUCGGGACGCCAUUGACCGUUUCAACGCUUUCGCCCAAGAGCACAUUGUGCCAAAGAACUACGAGUUCGCCUUCGUCACGCUCGACUCCUGGGAUCUGCGCGUACAGCUGCCCCGCGAGGCUCGUGACAAGUCUGUCGUGCUCCCUCCAUAUCUACAGCACUCGCGAACAUUCGACCUGCGCACAGAGUACCAACGCUGGCAGGCACACCAUCCAGAGUCGCUGCCCUUUGGCUCGAGUGCUUUGACAAACAUUUGUGCUGCCCUCGAAGUGGAGCCUGUCCAGUCCUCGGCUCCCAUUAAGCACAACCUUCCCUUUCACCUGCAGGCUUUAGCUCCCGCCUCGCCCAGGCGGGCCAUGGAAGAGGCCGUCACACUUGCUCGUGUACUCCGUGGCCUUAUCCGCAAAUCUCAGCCACCCCAAGAGCACCCCGACGUCCUCACCAAGCCCAUGGAUGCCCGCGCUGACGUACGUGCCUUCCUGUCGGAACGCAGCAAAGUCCUUCACAUGAGUGGUCUGCCUCACGACACCACCCAAUCCGAGCUUGAGAGCUGGUUCACGCAGUUUGGCGGUCGUCCAAUUGCAUUCUGGACUCUCCGCACUCCAGACCAGCACAAGCCAACCGGCACAGGUUUUGCCAUCUUCUCGUCUCAUGAAGAGGCGGCAGAGAGUCUCUGUAUGAAUGGGCGUGCUCUCAACGAGAAGGCCAUCGAGGUCUCGCCUUCCUCGAGCCGUGUUCUCGACCGCGCUGCUGAUAUCAUCACGCCGUUCCCGCCUAGCAAGAAUCGUCCCCGUCCGGGUGACUGGAAUUGCCCCUCGUGCGGCUUUUCCAACUUCCAGCGUCGUACGGCUUGCUUCCGAUGCUCUUUCCCAGCAAUGCAGCAAGGCCCACCCGGCGGCGACCCGAUGGCCUAUGGUGGUGGCGGUGGUGGUGGAUACGGAUACGGCGGUCAUCCUGGUAUGAUGGGCCCCCCACAACACCACAUGGGUCAUGGCCACGGCCAUGGCAUGGGUGGUGGUCAUAUGCGUGGAGGCACUGGCGUCGUUCCUUUCCGGGCCGGUGACUGGAAAUGCGGUGAGAAUGGAUGUGGCUACCACAACUUCGCCAAGAACACGGCCUGUCUGCGCUGCGGUGCCAGCCGUGCAGGAGCUGCUGUCGUGGCUGACUCUGCCUUCCCAUCGCCCAUGGACACGCCAUCUGGUUUCGGCAUGGGGCCCCCUUCAAUGGGCGGCACUCCUGGCGCUGGUCCCUAUGGCCCGGCUGGCUUCGCUGCUGGAGGCUUCCCUGCACAACAGUAUGGAGGGCCGCCCAGCCAAUACGCGCUUCCAUCGGGCAUGGGUGCUGCUAGCCCCUACCCGCCUAUGGGCGCUCAGUACGUACAAAACGGCGGUAUGCAUUCGACACCGUUUGACAGCCGCUCUGCGGAAGCGGCCUUCUCGUCGGCAGACCCCUACGCGAAUCAGGGCGCCAUGAACGGCGGUGAUGGCCGCAAUGACCCCUUCUCUUUCUUGUCAACUGGCUUCGGCUCACUAUCGAUGAACGAUGACCGACGUAAUGCUUCUAAUCCGGCCAACAAGUCGCCGGCGUAG